AUGAAGACAUUCUUAUGUUUGCUCGUUGCGGAAAGAUUUUCACGUUAUGCUAAUUAUAUUUUUUUAGUGUCCGUCGUCGUCGCGGUACCGCUGGAAAAUGUUGAACGCGAGUACCCACGUUUUAUUGAUUUUCCUGAUGGCGAUGGUAGCUUGCACCAAGUUGAUUUGGAAGAAGAGCCUGAUAUGAACAUCUUAGAGGAUGUCUACAGGAAUCCUGCUAACAAUCAAUACUUGCUUUACACCAGACGCAACCCCUCGAACGCUCAGACGCUACGCAUAAAUAAUGCAGCCAGCAUCACAUCAUCGAACUUCAACGCGAGGCUACCAACUGUGGUCAUCGUUCACGGCUGGCUCAGUAAUCAAAAUACGAAUAUCAAUCCAGUUAUUAGGGACGCUUACCUUCGCAAAAGUGACGUCAAUGUUAUUGUUAUGGAUUGGAGACGACUCGCUCUUUCCACUUAUCCGACCGCUGUUGCUGGUGUCCCUGCUGUUGGUCGUGGAUUGGGCCAAUUCAUAAACUUCCUUAGUCGUACAACUGGAGCGUCCUUGAGUACAAUACAUCUCGUUGGCUUUAGUUUGGGUGCUCAUAUUGUUGGCAAUGCCGGUAGAGAACUCGGUGGCAGAGUAGCGCGUGUCACAGGUUUGGACCCUGCUGGACCAUUGUGGAAUGUGAAUUCAAAUCGUCUUCGCGCAUCGGAUGGUAUAUACGUAGAAGCUAUUCACACGGAUGGUGGAACUUUAGGCCUUGGUAUUGGAUCAGCGGUGGCUAAUGCUGACUUUUUCCCUAACGGUGGUAAUUCGCAGCCAGGUUGCGUAACAAGCUUGUGUGACCACAACCGAGCUUGGGAAUUAUUUGCAGCAACCGUGACCCACAAUCACCUUGUUGGAAGACGGUGUUCUAACAUGUUACAGGUGUCUUCUAAUAACUGUAGUGGUGCCAGCUUACAUAUGGGCAAUGACAUCUUAAAUAAGAGCGGAUCUGGGUUGUACCGAUUGAACACAGCAAGAAGAUACCCCUUCUAA